AACAAAAUUGCUGAUCGUCCCCAUAUUUGAUUCCAAACAAGCACGGACUCCGCUUUGGUUGUUCCCGGCCCGUUUCACCUGCCGUUGCAGGUUCAAAAUAGACGGACUCCCAUCUCGAAGGCUCCUGCGGGCAGCACUAUUGUUGCGUCGGGGGUUGUACUCGUCGCCAGCUGCCAUAUUACUUCUGCUCGACAUUACGACCGACCAGCUUGUUCGGGAUUUUGUACGCAUUCUCGAGUCAUCCGAACAUCUUACCUCCUGCAAGCGUUUUGGAGAUUACUUCUGGACGGUUCAAGUGAUUGGAAGUCGCUCUCGAUUGGCCGGCCCAUCGAACGACUGUAUAUACGACUGUAUCAUACAAAACCGUCCUUAGACUUUCGGUGACUUCGUCUAGAGUGGCGCAUUUCUUCCCGCCACAAUGUCCUACGACCAGCAAUACGGGCGGGGCGCACCUUCGGCUCCUCCUCGCAGCUACACGCAGGGGACUUCUGGGUCGUCCAGUGCGGGUGGAUACCGGAACAACCAGCAGUAUGCUCAGCAACCGCCACGGCAGCAAAUGCCGCAAGUUCCCGCGCGGAGCAACUCCCAGCCGUAUCAAAUGCAACCGAGCCCCCCGCCGCAAGCGCAAUUUCCGUCUCCACGCCCUUACGGUGGGAGCGAGCGGUCAUACACUGGUUCGGCUUCGGCUUCCGGCCGGAGUCAAGCAGGCUCUGCGCACCCUCUUAGCCCUCAUGUGCCGCCGCAGGCCGGACCGGCCUACAAUGAUCCUCGCGCAUUCGGAUCUCCCAAUGGGUUCCUCGGUCAGAACCCAAAUGCUCCCGGCAUGGGCGGCUAUGCCCCGAUCGACUAUCUGCCACGUAAGAAAACCGUGCGCAAGAUCCCACUGACUCCACAAGGAAACUUGGUGGUGGACAUUCCCGUCUCGGACAAAGUGUUGAGCAAUGGCAAACACCGCCAAGAGGAGGAGUUUUCCCACAUGCGAUACACUGCCGUGACCUGCACGGCAGAUGAGUUUUCCACCAAGGGUUACAGCCUGCGUCAGCAAGAAUACGGCCGUCACACGGAAAUUUUUAUCGUCGUUACCAUGUACAACGAGGAUGAUUUCCUUUUCUGCAAGUCCAUGCAGGCGAUUAUGAAGAACAUUGCCCACUUGUGCACUCGUUCCCGGUCCAAGACUUGGGGAAACGAGGGCUGGAAGAAGGUCGUGGUCUGCAUUGUGUCGGAUGGUCGUACAAAGGUCAACCGACGUGUGUUGGAUGUGCUAGGUCUCAUGGGAGUCUACCAGGAUGGAGUCAUGAAGGAUCACGUCAACGAGAAGCCUGUCACGGCUCAUUUGUUUGAGUACACCACGCAGGUUGCUGUGGAUCCGCAGCUGAAUAUUAAGGGUUACGACAAGGGUUUUGUGCCGGUCCAGAUUCUGUUUUGCUUGAAGGAGAAGAACGCCAAGAAGAUCAACUCGCACAGGUGGUUCUUCAGCGCCUUCGGACCGCUCAUCAAGCCCAACAUCUGCAUGCUUAUCGACGUCGGAACAAAGCCCCAGGAAACCUCUUUAUACCACCUGUGGAAGGCAUUCGACCGAAACCCCUCCGUGGCAGGGGCUUGCGGUGAAAUCUACGCCGAGCUCGGCACCGGCUGCAGCAAUCUUCUCAACCCCCUGGUCGCCGCGCAGAACUUCGAGUACAAGAUGUCCAACAUCCUCGACAAGCCUCUCGAAUCCGUCUGCGGUUACAUUUCGGUGCUUCCCGGAGCUUUCUCUGCAUAUCGGUACAUUGCUCUUCAAGGCAAACCCUUGUCGCAGUACUUCAAGGGCGAGACGAUGCACGGCGGAGCUUCCGUGUCGACCGCCAACAUGUACUUGGCGGAGGAUCGUAUCCUAUGUUUUGAGCUCGUGACAAAAAAGGAUCAGGCGUGGGUGCUGAAGUACGUCAAGUCGGCCAAGGCCGAAACGGACGUUCCCGACAAUGUUCCCGAGUUUAUCUCCCAACGUCGUCGUUGGUUGAACGGGAGUUUCUUUGCUGGUGUGCACGCGCUGCAGCAUUGGUACCACAUCUUCAAGAGUGGUCACAAUAUCGGACGCAAAAUGCUGCUGUUGCUCGAGUUCCAGUACAAUGCUAUUAUGACCCUCUUCAACUGGUUCGGUUUGUCAUUCUUCUACCUCACCUUCUACUUCCUGGCGCAAACCACCCAACCCACCGAAACCACCUCCGGGCAGAAAAACUGUGACGGACUUUUCGGAUGUUACGGGACCGACAUCUUCGCUAUCCUCCGCCAAGUCUACAUCGCCGCCAUCGUCACCUGCUUCAUCUCAGCCAUGGGCAACCGGCCACAAGGCUCACGUUGGAUUUACAUCGGAUGCAUGGUCCUGUUUGCUCUCAUCAUGGGCAUCAUGCUCUUCUUCUGUGGAUACAGCGUCUACACUGCAGUGGAUAGUGCAUUCGCGUCACGCACUGUAAAGGGGUGGACUGACAUCAAGGGGGUCCUGAUGAUUCCGCGAUUGAGGGAUAUCGCCUUGUCGCUGGCCGCGACGUAUGGCCUGUACCUGAUCUCCAGUUGCAUGUUUUUGGAGCCGUGGCAUCUGGUCACGUCGUUCUUGCAGUACCUUGCGCUUAUGCCCAGUUUCAUCAACAUUCUGAUGAUCUAUGCAUUCGCCAACCUGCACGACGUGUCCUGGGGAACCAAAGGCGACAAUUCCGCAGCCACAGAUCUCGGCGCCGUAACCUCCUCCAAAUCCAAAGACGGCACGCACGUGGUUUCCGUCGAGAUGCCCAGCGAACGCACCGACAUCAACGCAUCCUACGACAAGUUUCUCAAAUCGCUCGCGCAGCCGCGGCCAGACGGCAAGCAGAAGCGUGACGCAAAGACGAAGCAGGAGGAUCAUUUUAAGCAGUACCGAACGAAUUUACUGCUGUCGUGGAUGUUUAGCAAUGCGUUGGUUAUUAUCGUGUUGACUACGCCCGCGCUGGCGGGCAAGGUGAUGACGGGGUUAGGCGUUACUCAGCGGCAGGAGGACUUCAACCCGUUUUUGAAGUUCACAUUCUACUCCGUCCUGGGCAUCUCCUUCGUCCGCUUCUUGGGAGCAACGGCGUACCUGGUCAACCGCGCCAUCUGCGGUUAAAAGACCGGACACAUUAGACGGCGUAAAAGGACAAACCCCAGCACCCUUUUGGGGACCAGUCAUUGUAAAUAUAGAACAAAUCACCGGGACUCUUCCUCCGUUCCCUCGUCUGUUUCCCGGUUUUGCUGAGGCUAGAGCGAUAUACAGUACCCCUCUGUGACACUUUGAACACUUUUGUUUUAUGUUCGGGUUUUGCUUGAUAGACUUCUCCCUUUUUUGCUGUCACGUUUUUCUGUAUGUAUAUAAGUAACUAAACACUGUCAGCGGUAAAGAGGAAAGAGGUAAACCAUCCGUCGAGCGGUGUACUUCUUCUUCACCUUCCAUUCUGAGCUUCUCUCAGUCCUCUACCGCCUCGUCGGCCCUCUUG